CUUCCCAUCCUUCCUUGCUUGCUUCCUCCUCCUCUUCCUUCUUCUUCGUUCCCCGUUAAGCUUCAGCGAAACUCUAGUCUCCCUCUCUCUCCCUCUCUCUCUUUCUCUGCACCCCCUGCGCUACGCGUACCAAUUUCAGCAGGAGCAGCAGGAGCAGGAGCAGCAGCAGCAGCAGCAGCAGCAGCAGCUUCUCCUCGCUUCCCCUGGCCUCCUUUUUCCACGAACCAGGCGCCCGAAGGUUCUUCGUCCCUUCCCUGUUUCGUGUAAGUCCACAUUCAACAAACUCGACUCCCUGAACUUGACCCGUUAUUCUCGCCUGCACUCUUUUUUCAAUUUCCCCCUUCUUUUCUUUUGGGUCUCGAAUCUCUGUACACGCCAGCUCUUCUAAGGGGUCUUAGUUUUACUCGGUCAUAGAUUCGUGUUUGAUUUUUCUUCGUCUUCCUUCUUGCUGUACGGGGUUAUGCAGAGAGAGAGAGAGAGAGAGAGAUUAGUUGAACAGUUCUCCCUAGAGAGAGAAACAGUCAAGGGUUUUAGGUGGGGAAAACGGCAGGUGCUUUGAGAAUAAGAUUAAGAAUUUUGGGCUUUCAACGUCAGGCCAUUUUAAUCUGAUCGGGACACCAAGUUGCCCUUUUUCAAUGCUCUUUCCGGGAACGAUCGUUUUUAUCGGGUGCUCGUUAUUUGCGCGGGUUCGGUAAAUUUUCGGCCUGAGAUGUUAGGGGAGGAAGACAGAGACCGGCCUGCAGGCGCCACCCCCCGGAAAACUUACCUGCGCUCUGUUUCGUGGAACGACCGGUCGCCGUUCAAGCCGAACCCAAGGCCGCAGCUGAUUAACAAGGCGCGCGCCUGUUUACCGCCUCUUCAGCCCCUCUCUAUUAAUCGCCAGAAUGUCGAGGAGUGGCCUAGAGCCGGUUCCGAUGACCUUGGCGUGUGGCCUCACCCUCAAACCCCGAGGGGGCCGACCACGAAGCAGCUCGAUAAUUCGAGUACAGAAACUCCGGCCAUGGAAUUUCAGUUCAAGAGGGACAAGCUCGCUUUUUUCAAUAAGGAGUGUUCGAGGAUUGCUGAUCACAUAUAUUUGGGGAGUGAUGCCGUAGCUCAGAACCGGGAAUUGUUGAGGCAGAAUGGGAUUACGCAUGUACUCAACUGUGUGGGCUUCGUUUCCCCCGAGUAUUUCAAGAGGGACCUUGUGUACAAGACGCUUUGGUUGCAAGAUAGCCCAUCCGAAGAUAUAACAAGCAUUCUUUAUGAUGUGUUUGAUUACUUUGAGGAUGUUAGAGAACAGGGAGGACGAGUUCUUGUGCAUUGUUGCCAGGGCGUGUCUCGAUCGACCUCUUUGGUCAUCGCCUAUCUCAUGUGGAGGGAGGGCCAGAGCUUUGAGGAUGCGUUUCAAUAUGUGAAGGCUGCUAGAGGGGUGACAAACCCUAAUAUGGGGUUUGCUUGCCAACUUUUGCAGUGCCAGAAGCGGGUGCAUGCUGUGCCUUCAAGCACGACUCCUAUGCUGAGGAUGUAUCGGAUGGCCCCACACUCGCCUUAUGAUCCUCUCCAUCUUGUACCAAAGAUGUUGAGCAAUCCAAGUGCAGAGAGGCUCGAUUCUCGUGGGGCGUUCAUCGUGCACGUUCCUUCUUCCAUAUAUAUUUGGUUUGGGAAAGGUUGUAAUAUCGUUAUGCUAAAUAAAGCAAAGGAGGCUGCUGGUCAGGUUAUCCGGUACGAAAGGGCACAGGGUCCAAUUGUGAGCAUUCAAGAAGGGGAAGAGCCUUUUGAGUUUUGGAAUGCACUUGGCAAUAGACAACUAUUGUCAGAUGAAUAUGAAAGUGUCAAAGAAGAAACUUUAUUGGCCGAACAUGAUACGAGUAAUACAAAUCCCAGAAUUGGUGAAAGAAAAGUCAGUGCUUAUGAUUCGGAUUUUGAGAUAUUUCACAAAGCACUUGCUGGAGGAACCAUUCCACCUUUUUCCGUGUCAAACGCUGGUUCAGAAACGUGCCUCCCUGCUAGAGAAAGAGGGUGGGAUAGGCUUCGGCAGAAGUUUGCUAGUGGCGUAAUGAAAGAGUUUGUCACAGCAUCCAAGGUGAGAUGUGAUUCUUCUCCAUUUAAUGGUACAGCCACUGGGAUGGCAAAUGAAGGAUCAGAAAACCAUGAUUCACUAAGUAAUCCUUCUUCACCAUUUAAUGGUGCAGCCACUGGGAUGGCAAAUGAAGGAUCAGAAAACCAUGAUUCACUAAGUAAUCCUUCUUCACCAUCAACCCCAUCAACCUAUCCAUGUGGUUCACCAGAUUCCUUUAGUUAUUUCCUCAAAGGCAGCUCAGAUAUGACGAGGGAUGACUUUAACGAGGAGGUCGAAAGUGUCACUUGCACUGAUCCUUUUUCGUCACCAGUCCCAACACCUUGCGGUUCGCCAGAUUCUUUCUCUUGUAUUCCAGUCAACAGCCCCAUCAUCAGCGCUAAGUCCCCUGCGCUAUCACCUUCAACCUCUGAUUAUGCUAGUUCAUUUACCUUUUCACCCUCGUCCUCUAAUUGGUCUGACUUGUCAUACUUUUCUUCCCAGCAGCCUUCACCUUCCGGUUGGGAACAAACAGAUACUUUUUCUGUUAAGCAUGUUCCUUCGACAAUUUUUUCUUGUUUACCAUAUAAAGAGACUCCACCUUCACCUAGAGAAGUCUGUUCUGUGACUCAGGCCUCGAGGGCCACAAAUGUUUCUUUGCCCUGUAAAGGGGCCUAUCCAUCAUUAGCUGAGCGCAGAGGAAGUAAUCCUCCUCCUAGAAUGAUGUUGGCCUCAGUAGAUGAACGACCCUGUGUUCGCAGAAAUUUGGUAAGGUCAUGGUCAUUUUCUUUAGAUGACAGCCUUAUGGAGGACAGCGAAUGCAGUCAAGCAGAUACUGAAGGCUGUGAAGUAUAUACAGAAGUGCUAAUGUCAGAUGCUGACUCCACGAAGGCUGGCAUGGAGUUGGAAAAUGAAGUCGAAGCGAUGGUUGACAGCAAAUUCCCCUGCAUAGAAGGUACGAGGAUUUAAGGUGGAGCAGUUAGUGAUGUUCUGCAGUCGCACGGUGGGAAACAUCCUUACGUUCAAAUGGAUUUUGCCCAAAUGCUGAAAGACUGGAGAUGUCAGAGUUUACAUUACAUAAUGCACUUACAGAUGGUAAGAAAAGAACCUGAUAUCUUUUAUGAGCAGAACGGAUCUCGCGACCAAGAUUCACGUAUUCAUGACCAUCGCGGACUCGGUUGUGCCAUUGCCUACAUGUAAUGAAACUAAUGUUUCAAGACUUGAGGGCAUAUUUUGGCAUCCCAGGCAGUGCAAGUGAUGCUGCUUGUGCGAUGAUUUGGGAGGAACGGAAGCUGUUAAUAUAUGAAGUCAUGUAUAGAAAACAACCCUGCUGCAAUACUUAUAAUUAGUAGAGGUAAAUAGUGUCAUGUAACUGAGCAAUUGGGGAUGAAUGGGAUAUGUCUAGAAUGAAAUAAGGUAUUUGAGAGCACUUUUCUUUUUAUAAUUCACGUGUAUCAAGGUUCACUGAGUAUCCUGCGCCGAAAGUGCUGCCAUUUCUUCUAGUUGACCUUCGGGUCAUGUUGCAAGUGCGUUGGACUGGUGUUUUGGUAUGAACCGGGAAAUGCUUUAUUGCUCCCGCCAGAGUUAACAGAGGAUGGUUUUUCCAAGCUGGGUAUCAAGGGGAUCGCACCAGCCAGUGCUUUUUGAUGGCCUAUUUAACGAAGUUACGUCUGUCCAUGUUUUGGAUUUGAACAGCGCAUCUGGCGCAAUGGA